AUGUUUAGUUUGUGCGUUAUUGUCCUUUUGAAACGUUUUCUGUUUGUGCUCUUGAACACUUCCUGUUUGUCUUUGCUGUAAGUUUGUGACUCCCUGAGCCUCUCUGAUGAUUGAGUGUUUGGACCUCGGACUCGAUGGCUGGGAGAGCGCUCAUUCGGUUCGUGAGCAGGACGUUACCGCCGGUGUCGUCCGGUGCUAAAGGCGGCGGAGUCCGGGGAACGAGCCGGUUUUACUGGACCACCUCUAGGAGGGCCGCCGCUGCUCUGACCGGUGGAGGAGCUGCAUUCCUCCUCGGGCUUCCUGCUCUCUCCUGCCUGGGCUAUGGAGCUUAUCACUGGGUGCAGAGUUCAGCCGUGAUCCACGCUCUGGGAAAAGAGGAGGUCCUGGAGCAGGCAGACUACCUGUACAGCAGUGCAGAGACAGAGAAACUCUACCAGCUGUUGCUGCAGUACAAGGACAGUGAUGAAGCGGAGUUCCUGUGGAGGCUGGCCAGGGCGUCCCGGGACCUGUCCCUCCUGCCCAACAUGGAGGCCGAGCGCAAGAAGCAGCUGACGUUCGAGGCCUUCGAAUACGCCAAGAGAGCGCUGGACAAAGAUGACAAGUGUUUUGCAGCACAUAAAUGGUACGCCGUGUGUCUCAGUGACAUCGGGGAUUACGAGGGAGUCAAGGUGAAAAUUGGAAACUCAUACAUCAUCAGAGACCAUCUGGAGAGAGCCGUCGAGCUCAAUCCCAAAGAUGCUACUUCCCUACACAUCCUGGGAUACUGGUGCUUUGCUUUUGCUGAGCUGCCGUGGUAUCAACGUAAAGUGGCGGCCGUCAUUUUCUCAUCACCACCUGUGUCCACAUAUGAGGAGGCUUUGGAAUUCUUCCUGAAAGCUGAAGAAGUUGAUCCGGACUUCUACAGUAAGAACCUGCUGAUGCUGGGGAAGACGUACAUGGUGAUGAAAGACGAGCAGAAAGCACUGCACUGGUUAACCAAAGCUAAAGAGUACCCUGCCCGCACACUGGAGGACAAAGAGGUCCAUAAAGAAGCUGUGGACCUCCUGAAGAAGCUGGGAUGAGGCUGUGUUUUUACCUCUCAGGACUUUUAGACUGUUAACUACUAACAAAAUGUUUUCUUUGUAGGAUUCUGUAAUUAUUAAUACAGGAGAACUGUAAGUGACCUUACAAAGAAAUCACUCAUGCCUUUGAUGUAACAGGCCAGUGUCCAGCUCUUAGUUAAUUUAAAGCCACAGUAUAAAUAUAAAUAUAGGACUGUCCAUGAUCUCUGUCUUUACCUGUUGUAAAUGACAUUUUUAGAGUUUUUCUGCUUUAAUCAAGAAAUGAGACCAACUUCAUCAGCAGCACAAGGAUCCGCUUCCUCCAGUUCAGUUUAAAUGUCAGUAUGAAAGUUCAAGCUUUCACUGUGACGUUCAAUGUUUUUUAUUUUCAAAUAAACACCUGUUUGUUUUUUGACAUGUAACAAAUCCAUUCCUGCAGUUAUUUGACUAUAAAUGACAGUUUAUAACUCA